AUGGAGAAUCUCAGCGAGCCCCUCGAACGCGUCCGCUCAAGAAUUCUGUACACUCUCUUCUCGCCAGUUGCAGACUAUGCGGCGUUUCAGGAGUAUUGCACAGAGCUCGUCGUGCAGCUUGGGAGCCUGCUGGCCCCCCCUGUGGUGAUGCGUGUGGCGGUGCGGACCCUCUUCUGCCCCCCGUCACUCCGUCACUUCUACGACUUGCUUGGUGGGCGGCGUGUCCCUACCGAGUCCGUGUGCCGUCAGCUGUGGUGGGGUUCACCAGAUGCGGCGGAGGAUGUGGAGUCAUCCUUUUCUUGCCUGUCGCCGAAGGCUCUCGCCGCUUUUGAAAGGCUGCGCUCUGAUGCCACCAUGCGGAAGGAAUUCUUUACGAGCAAAUCUGCGAGUCUACGGAACUACCACGUCUCCACAUGGAUUGAGAACUGCAGCAAGGUGGAAACGCUCGAAGGUUUGUUGCAGAUUCUCGUAAAGGAGGUGAAUGAAUACGGACCGCCCCUUCUUGCCCCAGAGGCAGCUGCUGCGCUGCUCACAGCAGUUGUUCUCCCACACCUCGCGGCUAACAAAGGGGAAACAACAGCGGCGAGGGGAGAUGUAAUACGUGCGCUUGGACUCGUGUACUUCAUUCUUCCCGCUGACCGGGCUUUCGGUGCCGCGUCGUACUUCAAGGGUGUCUACAACGAACGUUACAUUGCUUCUGCGGCAGUGGAGUGGACAGCGGACUGGGAUGGUGCGGAAGCGCUACUGGUGGGCCGCUCCCUUCGCCAAGUAACAAAGUACCCUACAACAACCCAGGAGGCUUUCUUCCGUAUUGAACGGCGCCGCCAACAGCCGACGGUGUCGUUUCACGUGCCGGAACUUCGUCUUUGUCUCAUGACGGUGGAUCUUGAUGAGGCAUUGCGAUUUUUUGAAUCUCAGGAGAAGCGCCAGAGUUGCGAAAUGGCAGCCCCACCUCAGUUGGAGAAAGAGGAAGAAUCAGACAGAAGCCCCGCCAUUGUCGCACGUAAUUUGCCGAUGGAUCUCAUUGCAGUCCGAAAGCCUGCGGAGAUGAGCACAACUCUCCACGCGGGUUACCCACAUCUGAUCGGUUUUCUGGCACGGCAUGUGCCGUGGCGGGGGGCCAGCACACCAAUUCUAUUUCAGCAUGGUCUCAUCAAUCGCAUCGACGUGGGAACGAGCGGCCUGGUGCUUGUGUCCGACACCGAGGCGUCCCUCAUGGCGGCACGGCGAGCCAGUGUGGUGGAUCAGCGGGUGGAGAAGACCUACCGGGCCCUUUUGCUUCACUGUCCGCCACCGGCGUCGCGAAUGGGUACUGAGGAGUGCUGGUACCUCAACCCCACCGGUACCAUUACGCGCAGUGUGCUCGCCAACGGAGCGGAUUACUCUUUGCAGCUCGCUGCCCAUGAUCCCGCCCAGCGAGGAGGGCUCCCAGUGGCGUGGAUGGACCUUCGCCCGGCGACGACGAUGUACCGUGUUCUGCAGUAUUUCCCCAGAAGUGGGGUAUAUGAUGUGGAGGUGCAACUGCGCUCCGGGCGCAGGCACCAAAUUCGUCAGCAUUUCGCGCAGUUGUGGCAUCCACUAGUUGGCGAUGGCCGCUACCACGAGCGGGCGAAGUCGGUGGGGGAGCAGCUGGGCCUCCAGCGACCCGCGCUGCACGCCUCCCGCAUCACUUUAUUAUCCUCCCCCGCAGCUGGUUUUGACGCUAUUGGCGGGGAGAAAACUGUUGUGGAGUGUCCAUUGCCAAGCGACAUGCGGCGUGCAUUACGGCUACUGGAAGAGAGGGAGGGAAUGCGAUUGAGUGCAACUUCGCCAUGA